GUGCCCGCGGGCACCGCGUUGGUGACCCCUGGUGUAGGAGGUCCAUUCUUUCCAGCAUACGACACCCUCAAAAACACACGGCGAUGAAGGCCACAUUGCUGAUAAGCUCCUGAGUGGAGGGCUAAAUGCGGCCGUCAUACGCGAUAAGACGUACUCGAUGAACGACACCCAGACGGCAGGUCGUCACGCGCUCAAAGACCCGACCAAGGAACAGAAGGGACCCUCAUCCAGCUCAGAGCACUGACCUGAGAAGUCAAACGCCUCGUGAAAGAGGAGAUGGAGCCAGGUGAGUGCACCUCUGAGGACGUGAGGCCAGCGUCUCGAACAUCAGCCAUAGAAGGAGAGGAGGCCUCGUCCGCACCUGAUUUAAAAUCAAACACAGAGGAAUUUUCCACCGUGGAGGUGGAGACACAAGAGACUUUCCAAGAGACCUUCCGAGAGACCGUGAGGACCUUCAGCUCUCGCCAAGACGCACCCGGAGGGACGGAGAAGUGCGAGCCUGACGAGAACGCGGAGGAUGACAACAGGGCGGAGAGCGGAGGACAGGAGGAAGGAGGACAAGAAGAAGCAGAAGAAACUAGAGGCCUCAAGGCUCCAGAUGCCGGACAGCCUUUGCUUCCUGAUCCAACCUUCAACAGGAGAUGUAGCCUCCUGGCCAGCGAGGUGAAGUACAAAGAAGACUUUGAGAAGAUGAAGGGCCAGAGUCUCUUUGUUCCCGCGGCAGAACUUAUCCACGCCAGGAACAUCAGCGCCGUCCUGUCUGAGUCCAAGUACAAAGAAGAGGGCAAGAAGGAAGCGUCGCUGUCGCUGUACUCGCUCCUUCCAGAAACGCCGCAGAUCCAACACGCCAGAGAGGUCUCCCAGCUCCAGAGUGAGGUUCGAUACAAAGAAAACAUGAAGACGUCGUCCUCGCUCUACUCCCUGCUGCCGGAGACCACUCAGACCCAAUUUGUCAAAGAGCUGACUGAGAUACUGAGUGAGAACAAGUACAAGGAGGACGUGAAGAAGGAGCUGAGCAGCAAUUUGUACUCUCAGCUUCCUGAAACCUGCGAGAUGCAGCUGGCCAAGAGCGUCCAUGAGUUUCAGAGCGAGAAGAAGUACAAAGAAGAUGGGAAGAGAAAGGCCUCCAUGUCCCUCUACUCCCAACUGGCCGACACACCUGAGAUCCAACAUGCCCUGGAGAUGUCCCAGCUGCAGAGUGAUGCGAGUUACCGCCCCAAGUUGCUGGUUAAAGGAGCUCCUUCGUCUCUGUACUCUCAGCUCCCUGACACCAAGGAGCUCCAGUUUGCCAGAGAGAUGACUGAGCUGCAGAGUCAGAGCAAGUACCAAGAAGACGGCAGAAGAAGGCUCGGUCAGUCCUUCUACUCUCAGCUUCCGCAGACCAUGGAGACGCAGUUUGCCAAAAAUGUCGCCGAGCUGCAGAGCGAGCGCCUUUACAAGGAGGCUGGCCAAAAUAACAAGGCAUUGUACUCGCUACUGCCGGAGACCCUGGAGAUGGCGCACGCCAAAGACGCCCGCGAGCUCGCCAGCGAGGUGAAGUACAAAGAGGACGGCAAGAAGGAAAUGAGCGUCAACUUGUACUCGCUGCUGCCCGAAACCUUGGAGACGCAACACGCCAAGGAGGCGUCGGCACUGCGGAGCGAGGUGAAGUACAAAGAAGGAGUUGAGCAGAAGAGCACUUUGUACCAUCAUCUCCCGGAGACCGCCGAGACCAAACUGGCGAAGGAGCUGUCCCAGCUGCAGAGCGAGGUCAAGUACAAAGAAGGAGGGAAGAAGGAGAUCAGCAAGAGUCUCUACUCCUCGCUGCCUGACACGUUGGACACGAAGCACGCUAAAGACGCCACGCUCCUGCUGAGUCAGAAUAAGUACACCGAGAGCAGUAAGAAGGAGAUGUCCCACAGCCUGUUCUCCACCCUGAGCGACACGUCUGAAAUCAGCCUGGCCAAAGAGAUGAAGGACAUCCUGAGCGAGAGGAAAUACAAGGAGAGCGGCAGGAAGCAGCUCGCUCAGAGCCUGUACUCCCGACUGGCGGACACGGCAGAGACGCGCUUUGCCAAGAGCGUUUCUGAGCUGCAGAGCGAGGUGAAAUACAAGAAGGGACAGAAAGACGUGUCCAAGUCCCUUUACUCCACGAUGCCGGCCACCCUGGAGACGCAGCACGCCAAAGAGGCGGCGGACCUGCAGAAUGAGCGCAAGUACUCUCAGAAGAAGGAGCUGAAGUCCACGCUCUUCCACCUGCUGCCUGAAACCUUGGACACGGCCCACGCUAGAGACGUCUCUGAGCUUCUCAGUCAGGUGAAGUACCAGGAGGACGGCAGGAAGGAGAUGAACGUCAGCUUGUACUCGCUGCUGCCACAAACCAUCCACACGCAACACGCUAAAGAACUUACCAGCCUGCAGAGUGAGGUGAAGUACAAGGAAGGUGUGAAGGAGAAAAUGCAGAAGAGUUUGUACCAUCAGCUCCCACAAACCCUUGAGACCCAGCAGGCCAAGCAGAUGUCAGAGCUGCAGAGCGAGAGCAAGUACAAGUCUGCAGGUCAGAAGGAGCUCCGCAGCUCUCUGUACGCCGCCCUCCCUGUCACCAUGGAGACGCAGCGCGCCAAAGACGCCGCCGAGAAGCUCAGCGAGGUCAAGUACAAGGAGAGCGGGAGGAAGGAGAUGUCCGCCUCGCUUUACGCCACUUUGCCCGACACCUGCCAGACCAGCUUCAGCAGGGAGAUGACGCACCUGCAGAGCGAGAACAAGUACAAGGAGGACGGGAAGCGGGAUCUCUCUCAGAGCUUCUACUCUCAGUUGGCGCAGACGGCCCAGACGCAGCUGGCCAAGAGCGUCGGCGAGCUGCAGAGCGAGGUGAAGUACAAAGAGGACGCCCAGAAGGAGAGGUCGUCCUCGCUGUUCUCCACCCUCCCACAGACGCUCCACACGCAGCGGGCCAAGGAGGUGACGGCGCUCCAGAGUCAGGUGAAAUACCAGGAGGGCAAGAAAGACGCCGCCUCGUCUCUCUACCACCUCCUGCCGGAGACCUUGGAGACACAGCUUGCCAAACACGUGUCCGAAAUCCAGAGCGAGACAAACUACAAGAGGGACAAAGACGAGCUGCCCAACUCGUUGUACUCGCUGCUUCCGCAAACGUUGGACACCCAGUUUGCCAAAGACAUGGCGGAGACGCACAGCCAGUCCAAGUAUACGCAAGAAGCCAAGCAGCAGGCGGCCGCGUCUCUGUACGCCAAACUGCCCGAAACCAUGGAGACCAAACACGCCAAGGAAGUGAGGACGCUGCAAAGCGAAAACCACUACAAAGCGGAGGGGAAGAAGCAGAUGACGGCGCCGCUUUACUCUCUGCUUCCUGAGACCUCGGAGACGCAGUUGGCCCGAGACGUGGCGCUGAUCCAGAGCGAGAACAAAUACAAAGAGAGCGGGAAGAAGACGCAGACCGUCAGCGUCUACUCGCAGAUGCCAGACACCAACCACAUCCUGUUUGCCAAGAGUGUGUCUGACAUCCAGAGCCAGAACAAGUACACGGAGGCGUGCAGGAAGCAGGCGUCCAGCUGUCUGUACGCCAAGAUGCCGGACACUCUGGCGACCCGGCACGCUAAGGAAGUGUCACAGCUGCAGAGUCAGGUGGCCUACAAGCACAGGGAGGACGCCAGCAGGCCGCUCUACCACCAGCUGCCUCAAACCAGCCAGACGCAGUCGGCCAAGGAGCUGACUGACCUGUACAGUCAGGUAAAGUACAAAGAAGACGGCAAGAAACAGAUGGCGACAAACUUGUACUCGCUCCUUCCUGAAACCGCUGAGACUCAGUUUGCCAAACAGAUGUCAGAGUUGCACAGCCAGACCAAGUACCAGAAGGACAGAGGAGAUCUGUCCUCAUCUUUGUUCUCGCUGCUGCCCGAGACCCUGGACACUCGCUUUGUGAAGGACAUGGCUGACACUCACAGCCAGGUCAAGUACAAGGAGGCGGGAAAGGAGGCGGCCAGCAGCGCUCUCUACCAUCAGCUGCCGCAGACCGCCGAGACGCUUCAUGCCAAAGAACAAUCUGAGCUGCAGAGUCAAAACAAGUACAAGCAGAGCGGGAAGGAAGCGUUGGCGUCCAGUCUGUACGCUCAGCUGCCGCAGACGGCCGAGACGCAGCUCGCCGCCAAGAUGUCGGCGCUGCAGAGCGAGACUAAGUACAAGUGGGAGGGCGUCAGGAGCGUCGGCCGUAGCGCCUACAGUCAGCUGGCGGUCACCACGGAGACGCAGCUCGCUAAAACGCUCUCAGAGCUCCAAAGCGAGAUGAAAUACAAGGAGGCCAGCAAGAGGGAGGCGGCCAUCAGCCUCUACCACCGCCUGCCUGAGACCAUGCAGACGCUGCACGCUAAGGAGGCCAUGCAGCGGCAGAGUCAGGUCAACUAUAAGGUGAAAGGUCGGGGGUCAAAUAGCAGCAGCCUGUACUCCCAGAUGCCUGAGACCCAGGAGAUGAAGUUGGCUAAAGCGGCCAUGGAGCUGCAGAGUGAGAAUAAAUACAAGGCCAAAGGUCGACCGGAGAGCGGCGGCAGUGUGUUUCACCAGAUGGCCGAGACCAACCAGACGGAGUUCGUCAAGCGCAUGUCGGAACUUCAGAGUGAGACAAAGUACAAGAAGGACAAAGGAGAUCUGUCCAACACGUUGUUCUCUCAGCUGCCCGAGACCCUGGACACUCGCUUUGUGAAGGACAUGGCUGACAUCCACAGUCAGAGUAAGUACAAGGAGGCCAGUAAGAAGGAGAUGGUCAAGAGUUUGUACUCGCUGCUGCCGCACACCAAAGACAUCCAGCACGCCAAGGAACAGAGUCUGCUCCUCAGCCAGAAGCUGUACAAGGAGGAGGGCAGGAAGGAAGCGGCCUGCAGCUUGUACGCGCACAUGCCCCAAACCAUCCAGACCGUCUUCGCCAAGGAGCUGAGCAAGGCGCAGAGCGACAAGUUCUACAAGGAGCAGUUUAACCGCGAGAAAGGCAAGUCGGGCUACGCCAACAUGGAGACGCUGCCUGAGGUGGAGCACGCCAUGGAGGUCAACCGGAACCAGAGCGACGUCGGCUACAGGAAGGGGAGGGAGGAGCUUUGCCGCUACAACACGGCGCCCGACAGAGCGGACAUUGUCAGCGCGACCAACGCGGCUAAACUGGCCAGCGACGUGGCCUACAGGAGUAAUAGCAGGCAGCUGGUCUUGAGCGACGCGUCACUACUCGCCCGGACCGACAUCCAUCACGCCAAGGAAGCGUCCAAGCUGGCCAGCCAGGUGAAGUACAAGCAAGCAUCAGAGCCGCACGCUCGACCUCGUUACAACCCGCUGGACUGCCUGUCCUUCAAACACACACAAGCGGCGGCCGCGCUCGCCAGUCAGGUGAGGUAUAAGAGCAACCAGAAACCAGAAGGUUCCUCAGACCUGCCGAACCUCCUGCAACUGGAACACGUGCUGCACGCCAGCAAACUGCAGAGCAACGUGGAGUAUAAGAAGAAGUACGAGGAGAACAAGGCUCAGCACCACAUGGCUCUGGACACGGCUGAACAGCGCCACCACAAGGAGAACGCAGUGCUGCACAGUCAGGUGAAAUACCGCCAGGAGUACGAGAAGAGCAAAGGACGCACACGCGUGGAGUUUGCCGACACGCAAACGUAUAAAGUGAUGAAGGACGCCCAGAAGAUGCAGAGUGAGAGGGAGUACAGGCGGGACUACGAGGAGCACAUGAAGGGGAAAGCCUUGGUGGAUGUGGACCAGACGCCACAAUAUCUGACAGCCCGGCACGCCAGCGAACUGCUGAACGAGAAGGAGUACAGGAAGGACUUGGAGCAGGAAGUCAAGGGGCGGGGCUUAUCCGGCAUCGGCCUGGAGGAAACACCCGAGCUGCUGAGGGUCAAAAACGCCAAUCAGAUUCUGAGCCAGAGGGAGUACCGCAAGGAUCUGGACACGGAGAUCCUGGGGAAAGGAAUGGAGCUGAGCGGGGACGUCCUGGACGUCCAAAGAGCCUUGAAGGCGUCAGAGAUCCAGAGUCAGAGGUCCUACAAGCAGACGGAACAUCUCAGCGAGAACUCGUACGGGACCAUCACUGACACUCCGGAGCUCCUACACGCCUCCUACCUGAAAGACGUGUACAGUCAGAGGAAGUACAAGGACGAGGCAGAGCGUCUGCGGGGCCGUUACAGCGCCCUGCCGCACACUCCCGAAAUGGAUCGCGUCAAGGCCAAUCAGAGACACGUCAGCUCGCUGCACUACUGCUGGGACUCCAAGCUCAUGAGGGGUCUGAUGUCCUCAGUCGCAGAGACGCCGGAGAUCGUCCUCGCCAGGGAGAACUCCAAGAAGAUCAGCGAUGUCCAGUACAGAGAAGAGGUGGGCUGUGGGACCGCCGUCACGGACACGCCGGAGAUGAAAAGAGUUCGACGCAACCAGGAGAACAUCAGCUCAGUGAAGUACCAGCGUGAGAUGCGGGAGCUGAGGGGGCGGAGCUGCACCGAGUUGGACACGCCCGAGUACAGGCGCGUCAGGAGGUCACAGGACUCGGUCUCCAUGGCCAAGUACCACGAGGACUUUGAGCGUGCCCGCGGUCGAGGCUCUACGCCGGGAUUGGACGAGCCGGGCAUGGAGCGCUACCAGCGAGCCAGUCACAUGAUUGCCGACGCCGGCCCACACAAGCAGAUGGUGGAGAUGGACCGGCGGCCCGGAGGCAUCAUCGUAGACCUGAAGGUGUGGCGAACAGACCCAGGCUCCAUCUUUGACUUCGACCCUCUGGAAGACGACAUCCAGUCCAAGAGCCUCCGCAGGAUGUCUGAGCGGGCCGACCGCAGGCUGAGCAGGCGUCAGUCCCCGGCGCCCAGUCACGGCGGCGCUCAGUCCGUCAGCUCGCUGACCUCUGACCUUUGGGAGCGCAGCAGCAACAGCGACACAGCCGCUCCCGUGCUGCCUGGCGCGUACCAGCAGGGGGUGCACGUGCAUCAGCACCCGCAGCAUCACCACGGCUACAUGCACCAGACCAGCAUGUCGUCCGUCAGAUCCGUCACGUCGCCGCCGCACUCGGCCACCACGCGGGUCUACCGGGCGCUGUACGACUACGCGGCGCAAGACCACGACGAGGUCUCCUUCAGGGACGGCGACGUCAUCGUCAACGCCCAGCCCAUCGACGAGGGCUGGAUGUACGGCACCGUGCAGCGCACCGGCAAGUCCGGGAUGUUGCCGGCCAACUACGUGGAGUGUUGUAACUAGUUUCUGUGUGUGUGUGUGUGCAGUAGGAAGGGGAUUCACACGGCCCCGUUCGUCGCGGUUUACCUGACACAUGAAAAGUGACAAAUUUGGAACUUUAGUUCGGUAUCUUAAAAUGUUUUUUGUGGCAAUUCCAGCGCCAGUUACUUCUAUUAUUUUCAGCAAAUUUAAAACAAUUACCCUCCCUCCCCCCGCCCCCACCCCUCUUCCUCUCCCACGAGACCCACCCAGGAAUGGGGCCGUAUGAAUCCCUUCCCUAGUGUGUGUGUGUGUAGUUUCUAUAUUUCACAGUACGUCCAGUACAAACAGCAGGACUCGAAUCAUAUCACAAAGAGAAAGAAAGGCUGCGUUUAUGUUUAUGUUUUGAGAUAGGCUCCAGCAGCCCCCACCACCCCAAAAAGGGACAAGCGGUAGGAAAUGGAUGGAUAGAUCUACAGCCCAGAGAGGAAGUGACAGCUGCCAUGUUGUCUUUUUUUUAAGUAAAACUCACAUUUCUUUGCUUUUGGAAUGGAAACACACCAUUUUUUUAAGCCCUAUUUUUUCUCUAACUUUACAUCAUGAGGCUUUUAACAUGCACAAAUACUCACAAAUGAUUACUUGUUACAAUAUUUAAAAAUUUCACAAAAUAUCGACAUUGACUCUCUGGCGCCCUCCUUGAAGAUUAGAAAAAAAACCCACUGGAAACGUCAAUCAUGACAGGAAGCACAUAAAGUUUUACAAUUCAGUGUGUAAAAAUUCAGUUUCUAAAAAUAUCAUGUAAAAAAAUAAAAAUCAGUGUAUAAAAUUUCAGUGCAAAAAAAAUUCAGUGUAUAAAAAUGUAGCUCAAAAAAAAAAUGUAAUGAAUGAAAAUUGAAUGUGAAAAAUUCAGUGCAAGAAAAAUUUUGUGUGGAAAAAAUUGGGUACGUUGUAUAAAGAUUCAGCGCCCAAAAAAAUGUUAAUGUUUACAAUUUCAGUGCAAAAACAAUUCAGUUUAUAAAAAAAUUGUGCAUGAAAAUUCAAAGCAAAAAAUCAGUUUGUAAAAUUUCAGUGAAAAAAUAAUUCAAUCUACAAAAAUAUACUGCAAAGAAAAUGUAUGAAAAUUGAAUGUGAAAAAUUCAGUGCACAAAAAAUUCAGUCUGGAAAAAAAUCAGUGUAUAAAAAAUUGUGAAUAAUUGCAGACACAUUUAGCGUAAAAAGGAAUACAGUUUAUAAAAAAUUGGUGCCCAAAAAAAUUUAAUUGUAAGAUUUCAGUGCAAGAAAAAAAAUCUGUGUAUGAAAAUUCAAAGCAAAAAAAUCAGUUUAGAAAAUUUCAGUGCAAAAAAAAAAAUUGUGUUUAAAAAAUUCAGUGCAAAGAAAAUGUAAUGUAUGAAAAUUGAAUGUGAAAAAAUCAGUGCAAGAAAAAUUCAAUGUGGAAAAAAAAUCAGUGUAUAAAAAUGCAGACAAAUUCAGUGCAAAGAAAUUUUAAUGUAUACAAUUUCAGUGCAAAAAAAAUCAGUCCAAAAAAAAUUAGUGCAGAAAAAAUGGAAUGUAUGAAAUUUGAAUGUGAAAAAUUCAAUGCAAGAAAAAUUCAGUGUGGAAAAAAAUACAGUGUAAAAAUACAGACAAAUUCAGUGCAAAAUAUGAGUACAGUAUAUAAAAAUUCAGUGCAAAAAAUUUGGUACACUGUAUAACAAUUCAGUGCAUAAAAAAUGUUAAUGUAUACAAUUUCAGUGCAACAAAAAUUCAGUGUAUAAAACAUUUAAUGUAUAAAAAUUCUAAGCAAAAAAAUCAGUUUAUAAAAUUUCAGUGCAAAAAAAAUUCAGUCUAUAAAAAUGUAUUGUAAAGAAAAUGGAAUGUAUGAAAAUUUAAUGUGAAAAAUUCAAUGCAAGAAAAAUUUAAUGUGGAAAAAAAUACAGUGUAAAAAUGCAGACUAAUUCAGUGCAAAAAAUAAGUACAGUAUAUAAAAAUUCCGUGCAAAAAAAUUGGUACGGUCUAUAACAAUCCCGUGCAUUAAAAUGUUAAUGUAUACAAUUUCAGUGCAAAAACAAUUCAGUUUAAAACAUAUUUAGUGUAUGAAAAUUCCAAGCGAAAAAGUCAGUUAAUAAAAUUUCAGUGCAAAAAAAAUUCAAUAUAAAAAUGUAGUGCAAAAAAAAUGUGAAAACUUUAGUGCAAGAAAAAUUCAGUGUGGAAAAAAAAACUGUAAAAAUGCAGACAAAUUCAGUUCAAAAAAUUGGUACAGUAUAUAAAAAUUCAGUGCAGAAAAAAAAGUUCAAGUAUAAAAAUUCAGUGCACAAAAAAUUCAGUCUGGAAAAAAAUCAGUGUAUAAAAAAUUGUGUAAAAUUGCAGACCCAUUCAGCGCAAAAAGGAAUACAGUUUAUAAAAAAUUGGUGCCCCAAAAAUUUUUUAUUAUGAAAUUUCAGUGCAAAAAAAAAAAAAUCAGUGUAUGAAAAUUCAAAGCAAAAAAAUCAGUUCAUAAAAUUUCAGUGCGAAAAAAAUUCAGUCUAUAAAAAUUUAGUGCAAAGAAAAUGUAAUGUAUGAAAAUUGAAUGUGAAAAAAAUCAGUGCAAGAAAAAUUCAAUGUGGAAAAAAAUCAGUGUGUAAAAAUGCAGACAAAUUCAGUGCAAAAAAUGAGUACAGUAUAUAAAAAUUCAGUGCAAAAAAAGUUCAAGUAUAAAAUUUCAGUGCAAAAAAAUGUCAGUGUAUAAAAAUUUACCGUAUGAAAUUUCACUGCAAAAAAAUUAGUGUAUAAAAGUUAAGUGCAAAAAAACAUGUAAUGUAUAAAUAUCGAAUGAAAAAUUUGGUGCAAGAAAAAUUCAGUGCAAAAAAAAAUGAGUAUAUAAAAGUUCAGUGCAAAAAAAAAUGAGUAUAUAAAAGUUCAGUGCAAAAAAAAAUGUAAUGUCUAAAAAUUGUCUGUAAGAAAAAAUUCAGUAGAAGAUAAAUCCAGUCUAAAAAUGCAAAAUUAUUCUGUGCAGAAAUAUUUGUUGCUUCAAAACUCCAAGACCCAAUUCCGGUAAAUUAAGACUGAAGCUAUCGAUUCUGUGUCAGAACCAGCCAAUGAGGUGACAAGUGUGCAAUAGAAAUUUUUGCACUUCAUUUUUUUACACUGAAUUGUAAAACUCUAUUUUUUGACGGAGUGAAUUUGUACCCACUUUGAGUGUGGUUUGUAUAUUUCUAUGUAAAGAACAGCCAGUGCACACAUCAGCACUCUAAACACAUCACCAAGAGAAAGAAAGGUUGUGUUUAUGUUUUGUGUUUUGAUCUACAGCUCAGAGAGGAAGUGACCGCUGUCAUGUUGUCUUUUUUUUAAGCAACACUUCGCUUUUAGAACGGAAACUCCCCAUUUUAGCUCUAUUUUUCUCUAAACAUAAAAUGUCAACACCAGCUCCCUUUUUAAAGAUUUAAAAAAAAUGAUCCCCUGCUAGCAGAUUGACGUAUCGUCACAAAAAUCGGCGAGGACGUCCAACAUGACAGGAAGCACAUAAAAGGCUCAAGAACCCAUAUUUGAAAACAAACAGGAAGUCGGUCAUCUUGGUUUACACCCGCCAUUCCAGGCCAUACUUGCCAACCUUGAGACCUCCAAAUUUGGGAGGUGGGCGGGGCUUGUGAUUGAUUGAUUGAGACUUUUAUUAGUAGAUAGUACAGUACAUAUUCCGUACAAUUGACCACUAAAUGUUAACACUCGAAUAGUUUUUCCAACCUUUUUAAGUCGGGGUCCACGUUAAUCAAGUCAUGGUAAGAGGGGAGGAGUACAUUUAUAGCUAGAAUUCACUAUAUAUGUGUAUAUAUAUGUAUAUAUGUAUAUACAGUAUAUAUAUAUAUAUAUAUAUGUGUAUAUGUAAGAAAUACUUGAAUUUCAGUGUUCAUUUAUUUACACAUAUACACACACAUAACACUCCUUUACCCAUUGUUAAAUUUGAAAAUGCAAUGCUUUGCAGCCCGUAGCACAGCCUUUGAAGGAGCAUAGGUAUGGGCAGCAUCUGUGACAUUUAAUUUGCAUUUUUUUAAAGGCCUACUGAAAUGAGAUUUUCUUAUUUAAACAGGGAUAGCAGGUCCAUUCCUUGUGUCAUACUUGAUCAUUUCGCGAUAUUGCCAUAUUUUGGCUGAAAGGAUUUAGUAGAGAACAUCGACGAUAAAGUUCGCAACUUUUUUUCGCUACUAAAAAAGCCUUGCCUGUACCGGAAGUAGCAGACGAGGUGCACGUGACGUCACGGGUUGUGGAGCUCCUCACAUCCUCACAUUGUUUAUAAUCAUGGCCACCAGGAGCAAGUGCAAUUCGGACCGAGAAAGCGACGAGUUCCCCAUUAAUUUGAGCGAGGAUGAAAGAUUUGUGGAUGAGGAAAGUUAGAGUGAAGCACUUAAAAAAAAAAAAAUGGCCACGACUCCAGGCGACGGCAGUGUGAGCGAUUCAGACGUUAUUAGACACAUUUACUAGGAUAAUUCUGGAAAAUCCCUGAUCUGCUUAUUGUGUUAAUAGUGUUUUGGUGACAUUAUAAAGUCAUACCUGAAAGUCGGAGGGCUGCGGUGAACGCCAGUGUCUCUCAGAGGAGCCAAGAUCACAGCUGCCUUUUUGACAGCUACAGGAGGAGGUCGCAUAAUCCACUCAAGUCUCCGGUAAGAGCCAAUUUAAUAUCACAAUUUUCCCAUCCAAAAACUUGCCGGUUGACGUAGAAAACCAUGUUCGCUCGACCGCUCUGUGUCUAAGCUUCACAACAAACAAAGAAACACCGGCUGUGUUUCGGUUGCUAAAGACAGCUGCAAUCCACCGCUUUCCACCAACAGCAUUCUUCUUUGACGUCUCCAUUAUUAAUUGAACAAAUUGCAAAAGAUUCAGCAACACAGAUGUCCAAAUUACUGUGUAAUUAUGCGAUGCAGAGAGACGACUUUUUGCCGGUGCUGGGAUAAUAUGUCCCCUCCAACCAAAAACGUCACAAACACGCGUCAUCAUACGCGACCUUUUCAACAAGAAACUCUGCAGGAAAUUUAAAAUUGUAAUUUAGUAAACUAAAAAGGCCGUAUUGGCAUGUGUUGCAAUGUUAAUAUUUCAUCAUUGAUAUAUAAACUAUCAGACUGCGUGGUCGGUAGUAGUGGCUUUCAGUAGGUGUCCAUCCUCGUUCUAUUCUCUGUCACUAUCUUUCUAACCUCUCUGACGACGCAUUGCUGGGCGGCACACACAAAAGUGCUCUCAUAAAAUGCACCAGAGGCUGGAAUCUUCCAUCUCUCCCUGGCAUAGUCCUUCCCCUUCGAGUUGUCCCGGAUGAACUGAAAUUCUUGUUUCCAAUCGGUCUCGAGCCGUCGUCGUGUGGGUUCUCAGGACCACCAAGGAAUGACAUUCUGUCGAGCAGGUUUUGCAAUAUUUAAGUCUCUUGCCGGUUUUCUUUGCAGUCUUCCCGUUUUUCUGCUCGUUCUUCCGCUCCAGCUUUUCGGCUGCAUGCGUCGUCUUCCUUGCGCUCUUUUCCUCUCGCGUUCACCAUCGGCUUCCUUCUGGCCUCUCCUCUCUCCGUCUCUCCCCCCCGGCGUUUACGGCCACUGCCCUUUUAUACAGCGCGAGAGGAGAUUUAAAUUGUGCCCAGCUGGGCGAUCCACGCACCUGAUAAUAUUUGCGGGGUUGAUUCCGGCGCGCCCUGUCUCGCUGCUUGCUCGCAGUCCACGCCUCCUCGCCGCCAUCUCAGGCGUGCCCUGCCUCGCUGUCGGACUGCCGGCUCCGCCUCUCCACACCAAUCAUUUUAGAACUUGCAAGCGUACUUCUUCUCCUUACUCGUCGACGCCAUGACCGUCUCUUUUUCGUUCUUCUGCUUCAUCUCUGUUUUGUUUUUUGGACAUUACUAUUUGCCGUAGAUUUGAAGCAAUGCAUGAUGGGAAUCCGGAUGUUGUGUGUCAGUGUAUUAACGUGCCGGCUGGAAUAAAGACACGCUGAGAAAUAGCUCCCUGCCUGCCUACUUUAUGGGUUAUAGAUAAAGCUAUGGAUAAUGGAGACGUAUAUAGUGAAGUGAAGUGAAUUAUAUUUAUAUAGCGCUUUUCUCAAAGUGACUCAAAGCGCUUUACAUUGUGAAACCCAAUAUCUAAGUUACGUUUUUUAAACCAGUGUGGGUGGCACUGGGAGCAGGUGGGUAAAGUGUCUUGCCCAAGGACACAACGGCAGUGACUAGGAUGCCAGAAGCGGGGAUCGAACCUGCAACCCUCAAGUUGCUGGCACAGCCGCUCUACCAACCGAGCUAUACCGUCCCCGCUUAAUAGUCUCUGUAACGAUUAAUAGUCUCUGUAACGAUUGCUGGGCAUUGUGAUGCGGAGGCGUUCUUUCAAGGAUGCAGCCGGGAUCGAACACAGCGUGAAGGUAAAAUGAUAGAUUUAUUUAAUAAAUACAACAGACUAAGAACAGAAGAACUGGUACUAGGCAGAAAAAAACCAAAGCGCUAGCAUGGGAGCUAGGGAAAUAACCGACAAAUUUGCACAAGGCACAAAAGGCAAAACAAAAACUACUAGCAUGAGAGCUAGAGGUAGUAAACAAAUGCAUAGCGCGAAAGCUAGCAAGUACAAAUAUGGAAUAGGAAUCGUUACUGAAAUGAAACAAACUGCGUGAAACACUUACUAGGAUGCGAGAGUGAAUGAACAGAAAAGACAGGCUUAAAUAAGGGUGGUGAUUAACAAAACAGGUGUGCGUCAACAGCGAGUAGCAGGUGGAACUCAUAUGAAACCAUGGUAACCAGAUAAAACAGGAACUAAGGAAGUCAAACAACAGAAUUUGAUACAAAACGGAACAAAUCUAGACUAUGGAAUGAUCCGGGAAGCGGAUCAUAACGGUCUCUUUCUUGUUGUGUGUGCAGUUGUGCACUGAGCUCAAAAAGCCGGAGAUGUUUUAACGUGGCUGGGACACGCUGUUUAUAAGGAGGAAAAGUGGACGUGACGACAGGCUGGCCUCACUCAGGUCCGGCUGGAAAUCGGGAGGAAUUCGGGAGAAUGGUGGCCCCCUUGGAGAUUUUCGGGAGAGGCACUAAAAUCCGGGAGUCUCCCCGGGAAAUUCGGGAGGGUUGGCAAGUAUGUUUUAGGCUAAAAACUGGGAUCGUACUGUAACAAACUCCUCUUCGAUGAAAUAAGUUGCGGUUAAAAAACGACGGAUGGGCGCUGAUAAAUUGCGAAGGAUUUUUGCCUCCGCCAUAAGAUGUGGGCGUGGUCGGGCGCCAACCUGAUCUGAUGGUUCGCCACAAAACUUUCAACUUUUAUAACUCGGCUCCACAAGUUCAGAUAUUGGUUAGAUUUGGUACAAAUGAGGAUGAUGACACCCUAAAGUGCUAGAUUGGUCGGUGCCUAUUUGUAUCCAUUCGUAGGGGGCGGAGCUUGGUCUGAAAAUUGCUCCUCGUCAUCUACCAUCAAACUGACUUUCAAUUGUUAUUGUUUUUAUUUUCCUCUCUUUUAUAAUGUUUUCUUUGGUUGGGAUUAUACUUUCAAUUGCAUGUAAUUUCACUUUCUAUCGCACCACAUAUGUACUGCUAUGCCUCCAAUGAGAAAUAAAACAUGUUUUAUGAUCACAAA